AUGGCCCUGCGCAAGGAGCUGCUCAAGUCCAUCUGGUACGCCUUCACCGCGCUGGAUGUAGAGAAGAGUGGCAAGGUCUCCAAGUCCCAGCUCAAGGUGCUGUCCCACAACCUGUACACGGUCCUGCAUAUCCCCCAUGACCCUGUGGCCCUGGAGGAGCACUUCCGAGAUGAUGAUGAUGGCCCCGUGUCCAGCCAGGGCUACAUGCCYUACCUCAACAAGUACAUCCUGGACAAGGUGGAAGAGGGGGCUUUCGUUAAAGAGCACUUUGAUGAGCUGUGCUGGACCCUGACGGCCAAGAAGAACUAUCGAGCAGAUAGCAACGGGAACAGCUUGCUCUCCAAUCAGGAUGCCUUCCGCCUCUGGUGCCUCUUCAACUUCCUGUCUGAGGACAAGUACCCUCUGAUCAUGGUUCCUGAUGAGGUAGAAUACCUGCUGAAGAAGGUACUCAGCAGCAUGAGUUUGGAGGUGGGCUUGGGCGAGCUGGAGGAGUUGCUGGCCCAGGAGGCCCAGGCAGCCCAGACCACCGGGGGACUCAGUGUCUGGCAGUUCCUGGAGCUCUUCAACUCUGGCCGCUGCCUGCGGGGUGUGGGACGGGACACCCUCAGCAUGGCCAUCCAUGAGGUCUACCAGGAGCUCAUCCAAGAUGUCCUGAAGCAGGGCUACCUCUGGAAGCGGGGGCACCUGAGGAGGAACUGGGCAGAACGCUGGUUCCAGCUGCAGCCCAGCUGCCUCUGCUACUUUGGGAGUGAAGAGUGCAAGGAGAAAAGGGGCACCAUCCCCCUGGAUGCCCACUGCUGUGUGGAGGUGCUGCCAGACCGCGAAGGAAAGCGCUGCAUGUUCUGUGUGAAGACCGCCAGCCGCACCUAUGAGAUGAGCGCCUCAGACACGCGCCAGCGCCAGGAGUGGACAGCUGCCAUCCAGACCGCGAUCCGGCUGCAGGCGGAGGGGAAGACAUCGCUGCACAAGGACUUGAAGCAGAAGCGGCGCGAACAGCGGGAACAACGGGAGCGGCGCCGGGCGGCCAAGGAAGAGGAGCUGCUGCGGCUGCAGCAGUUGCAGGAGGAGAAGGAGCGGAAGCUGCAGGAGCUGGAACUGCUGCAGGAGGCGCAGCGACAGGCGGAGCGGCUGCUGCAGGAGGAAGAGGAGCGCCGUCGCAGCCAGCACCGGGAGCUGCAGCAGGCCCUGGAGGACCAAUUGCGGGAGGCGGAGCAGGCUCGAGCCUCCAUGCAGGCCGAGAUGGAGCUGAAGAAGGAGGAGGCUGCCCGGCAGCGGCAGCGCAUUAAGGAGCUGGAGGAGAUGCAGCAGCGGUUGCAGGAGGCUCUGCAACUGGAGGUGAAAGCUCGGCGUGAUGAGGAGGCAGUGCGCCUCGCCCAGACCAGACUGCUGGAGGAGGAGGAGGAGAAGCUGAAGCAGUUGAUGCACCUGAAGGAGGAUCAGGAGCGCUACAUCGAACGCACGCAGCAGGAGAAGCAAGAGCUGCAGCAGGAGAUGGCGCUGCAGAGCCGCUCCCUGCAGCAGGCCCAGCAGCAGCUGGAGGAGGUGCGGCAGAACCGGCAGAGAGCCGACGAGGACGUAGAGGCUGCUCAGAGGAAGUUGCGCCAGGCCAGCACCAACGUGAAACACUGGAAUGUCCAGAUGAACAGGCUCAUGCAUCCAAUUGAGCCUGGAGAUAAGCGUCCAGUCACCAGCAGCUCCUUCACAGGCUUCCAUCCCCCUCUACUUGCCCGCCGAGACUCCUCUCUAAAGCGCCUGACCCGCUGGGGAUCCCAGAGAAACAGGACCCCCUCACCCAACAGCAGUGAACCAAAGUCCCUCAAUGGUGGGGAUGAGACUCCAGUCCCGGCCUCCACCGCUCAAGAAGAUAAUCUGGAUCCCCCACCAGAAAAUUAGCCUCUCCUAGCCCCUUGUUGCUUCCAACAUCAUGUCCACCAGGACCUGGCCACAGCUGGCCUGUGGAUGACACUGGCCCCUGAAAGGAGAGGGAGCUGAGGUCCUGGUGCCAGGGACCCAGGUCCUCCAACCAGGAGACUGUCCAGGAUGRAACAUGGUUUGUCUCUUGUACCAGUCCUAAGCCCCAGACCAUGGCUGAGACUGUCUGAUGUGUUAAUAUUUGAGAACUUGGCCCUGUGCUUUAGCCCCAAGGACCAAUG